CCGCACGCCUUUUUAGUCCCGCCCCUCUCCACAGAGAAAACACACACACACAUGCAUUUCUCGCUAGCUUCCAGACCGAGUUCCAGUUAAUCUCCCCCACCGAUCGAUGAUGAGCAGCAGGCAGCAGCUGAGCCCCGGCACUGGUACAAUGCCACCCAUCUCCGGCGACGCUGACUUCGGCAGCUGCUACACCAGUACUCAUCAUCCCUACGCCGCCUUCGACGGCAGUCCCAGCGCCGCCGUCGACCACCGCCCGCCGCUGCUCCACCACCACCACCAGCAGCUCUACGACACCACCGGCCUCGACUACGCCGCAUUAUUCCCCUUCGCCCCCCAGCAAGAUAAUAACCCCCCCGCUCAUCUCUUCCCCAACCAGCUGCCGCCCUUCACCGCCAACAGCACCACGAUGCUUCUCCAGCCGCCGAUGCUGACGCCACUCCCCGGCCUGCCGACGUCAUCCCCGCCGCCGGCCCCCGGGGACGCGUACCAGCUGCACCACCCCUUCGGCGGCUUCCAGCUGAAGCGGGAGAACGAGGGCGGCCUCUUCCCCUUUUCCGACGCCAUGGCCGCCUCCGGCGUUAGCGGCGUUGGCGGAGGCAGCGGAGGGAGGAUCGGGCUCAACCUGGGCCGCAGGACCUACUUCUCGCCGGCGGACGUGCUGGCCGUGGACCGGCUGCUGAUGCGGACACGCGGGGGACUGGGCGGCGGCGGCAUGGGGGUUCUGGGGCUGGGGCUGGGAGGCGGCAUUAUGCAGCAGCCGCCGCGGUGCCAGGCGGAAGGGUGCAAGGCGGACCUGUCGGCGGCCAAGCACUACCACCGCCGCCACAAGGUCUGCGAGUACCACGCCAAGGCCGCCGCCGUCGCCGCCAACGGCAAGCAGCAGCGAUUCUGCCAGCAAUGCAGCCGGUUUCACGUGCUUGCGGAGUUUGACGAGGCCAAGAGGAGCUGCCGGAAGCGGCUCACGGAGCACAACCGCCGCCGCCGGAAGCCCGUCGGUGUUCAGGGCAAGGACUCGCCCCCGCCGCCGCCUUCCAAGAAAUUAGAAGCCGGCAUCACCACCAGCUCAUACGCCGGGGAUCACACUACCACCAACAAGUCAUCAUCGACGGCGGCAGCGGCGGUACUCUCGCCGAGCGCCAGCGCCUUCAGCUGUCUGCAGCAGCAGGAGGAGGAGCUGGACGACAACAACGAAGGCAGCGGCGGGCGACCGACGACGCUGUCGCUCGCGGCGCCGCCGCAGAGGGACUACGGCGGCGCCCUGGACACCAUGCUUCUGAUGCAUCAUCAUCAUCAUCAGGCAGCAGCGGCCGUCGUGCAAGACGACGACCAGGAGCAGGACUUCAUGAUGACCUCUCUCGUGCAAUCCCAUCAUCAUCAUCAGCAGCAGCAGCAGCAAGGCGAAGUCAGUGGCAACAUCCUGUCGUGCUCGCCGACGGCGUCGGAUCAGCGUCGUCAGAAUCACCAGCAGAUGCAGAUCAACGACGGCGGCGACGACAGCGGCUGCUGCAAUAACAGCGGCAUGCAGCAGCAGCAGCAUUUCUUCGAGGUGGACUUCAUGUAGUAUAGCCUGCCUGCCUGAUGAAUGAAUGAAUGAACCGGCCGGGGCCUGGCCGGGGGCCUAGCCUAGCUGUAGCUAGAGGUAGUUUGACUCCAUUAUCGUGAGGUAUGUGUCAAAGGGGUGUGUGUGCGUGUGUGUGUGUGUGUGAGUGCAUGAAGUGAAAGAAAGGAUUCCACGAGCUGCAUGCAGGGGUAGCUAGCUAGCUGGCAGGCUGCUGCUGUGUGUUAGUGCGUGGCUAGCUAGGGUAGGGCGUGGCGGCUAGCAUGCAUGCAACAUGCAGCCUUUCCUUUCCAGGAAUUUCUUGACUUUUUUUCUCUCUUUACUGUGUCACUUGUACUUUUCUCUCGAAUGUCGUUGUUACCUUCUUAACCAGAUGAAUAAUUUGUAUGUACGUGUAUCAUGUAUUUUUCUUCCCUUCUUGGUAAAAAAUGUAUAUUAUGCGGAGUAGUAUGCAUUAUAUAUAUGUAUACUGUUGACCA